GGUUAAAGUGGCACGGAGGGCCCCGCCUCUGCAGGCUAAACUCAUUCAGGUGGAGGUGACCCUGCGUGACUUACAGGCAUGGUACCAUGAAUCUCAUAUAAGAAGUGAAGGAGAAGUAAAUUUUUACCAAACAAAAAAAUGGAAAAACCCAACAGACUCACUUACUUCACCAGAAAAUCUCUUGCUAAAGAACACAAAGCUGACAGAAAGAAUGAUGAAGAGGAAGAACUAGAGCCAAGAAGUGAUUUGGAAGCUGGUAAACAGCUGCCAUUUAUUUAUGGAGAUGUUCCUUUAGAAAUGUUGUCAGAGCCCUUGGAAGAACUGGACCCAUACUACAGGAAUAAACAUACUUUCUUAGUAUUGAAUGAAAGGAAAACGAUCUUCAGAUUCAAUGCCAUGCCAGCCUUAUACAUUUUAACUCCUUUCAAUCUUAUUAGAAGACUAUCUAUUAAGAUUCUAAUAAACUUCCUAUUCAACAUGUUUAUCAUGGGCACUUUUAUGAUCAACUGUUUAUUUUUGACAAUGCGUACAUCUCCAGCUUGGGCAAAGGCUCUAAAGUUACCUUUCAUUGGAUUAUAUACUUUUGAAAUAAUUAUAAAUAUCUUGGCAAGAGGAUUCAUUAUAGGACCUUUCACAUUCCUUAAUGAUCCCUGGAGCUGGCUUGAUAUAGUUAAUCUUACAAUUGUAUAUUUGAGCAUAUUUGUAAACCUGGUCAACGAUUCAGCUCUUGGAAUUUUCUCUAUCUUGAGAAUUAUGAAAGCUAUUUCUUUAACUAAAGGCCCAAGAUCUAUUGUAUGGACACUGACUCGGUCAAUGAAGAUGUUUUCAGAGACAGUGUUCCUGAUUGUGUUUUGCCUGAAUGUCUUUGCUGUCAUGGGGAUGCAACUAUUUAUGGGCAAACUGAAGCAGAAAUGUCAGAGAUGGCCUCGAGGAGAGAAAAAUAUCACUGAGACACCAUGGGACAAUGAAGACUAUUUUUAUUAUUUGGAAGGACAAAAGGAUGCCCUACUUUGUGGUAACAGCACAUAUACAGGUGAGUGUCCAGAAGGAUACAUGUGUGUGAAAGCUGGCAGGAAUCCUGAUCAUGGCUAUACAAGUUUUGACACUUUCAGUUGGGCUAUGAUGACCCUGUUUAGAUUAAUGACCUUGGACUAUUGGGAAACCCUUUACCAACAGAUCCUACGUGCUGCUGGGAAGAUCUAUGUAAUAUUUUUUAUUGUCAUAAUUUUUUUCUGCUCCUUUUAUCUGGUGACUUUGAUCCUGGCAGUGAUCAUCACAGCUUAUGAAAAACAGAAUAGAACAACCAAUAAAGAAGCUAAGAAAGUAGAGAUAAAAUAUCAAGCACUGUUAUAUCGGCACAAAAGAGAAGAAAGAAAAGCUCAGGCAAUGGUAGCAGAAGGAAUAGCUGACGAUGAAAAUGUUCUUGAACAUCAAAAUAAAGGACUUUCAAAAAGUUCUUCUGAAACAUCCCAAUGUAUCUCAAACAAAUAUAAUGGGAGAAUGGACCAAAGGAAGAAAAAUUAUCAAGAGGAAAUACCUGAUAGAGAGGAACAAGAAAUUGACCUAAAAUUGCAUCGAUUUGAAACAGAAGACUACAUCAGAAGAAAACUUGGCCAUCAUGGCAGUAAAAAGCAAAGACUAACAAAUAAAAGCAAGUUACCUUCUCCCCAACAGGGAAGGACUACGAGGACAGACCAGACGGAAGAACAAAUAAAUUCUUGCUGUGUUUCUAUGGACAUAUUGGAUGAUCCAACUAUCAGGCAAAGAGCAAUGAAAAGAACCAAUGUUUUAAGUAUGACAGAAAGACUUAGUGAGGACAGGCCUACAUGUACAAACUGGUGGCACAGAUUUUGUAACACAUUUAUGAUCUGGAAUUGCUUUCCACCUUGGUUAAAAUUCAAAGAUUUUAUAAAUACCAUUGUUAUGGAUCCAUUUUUCAACUUGGCCAUUGCCAUCUGUGUAAUUAUUAACAUUAUUUUUAUGGCCAUGGAUCACUACCCAAUGACCUUGAAAUUCCACAGGAUGCUCUCAGUGGGAAACCUGGUCUUUACUGGGAUCUAUACAACAGAAAUGUUUUUGAAGAUAAUUGCUGUACAUCCAUAUAAUUAUUUUCAAAUAGGCUGGAACAUAUUGGAUAGCAUUAUUGUUUUACUUGCUUUAGCAGAGCUGUGUAUAGCAGAUAUUUAUGUUUUAUUAUUUCUGAUACCAUUCAGACUGCUCCGGAUUUUCAAAUUGGCAAAAAUUUGGCCAAGAUGUGAACGGCUGAUAAAGAUGAUUGCUUACUCUGUGGAGGCUUCUCAAAGCUUAUUAUUUGUAUUGUUCUUCACCUGUUUCAUUUUUGCGGUGGUUGGCAUGAAGCAAUUUGGUAAAAACUGCCAGGAACAUUUCUGGAUGACUGGUGUUGACUAUCCACUUCCACAUUGGCACAUGCAUGACUUUCUCCAUUCCUUUCUGAUGAUAUUCCGAGUGUUUUGUGGUGAAUGGAUAGAGCCCAUGUGGGACUGUAUGGAUAUAUCAAGCCCAAGCAAAUGCCUUGCCUUUUUUGUGAUAAUGAUUAUUAUUGGAAAAAUACUGUUACUGAUCCUGUUUGUGGCUUUUUUGAGCUCAUUUAGUUCAAAGAACUUUGCAGCCAUCCAAGUGAGCCCAGAGUCCAAAAAUCUCCAGCUUGCAAUGACGAGGAUUCAAAAAGGAAUACAUUAUGUGGAACAAACUUUACUUGAGCUCAUCGCAAAACUGUUUUCUAAGAAGCAAAUGAUUUCACAUAUCAAAGGAGAGGAAAAUCUAAAUAUGAAGGAGAAGAAGAAUGUCAAAUCCAACUACACAGUUAAUGACACAAACAAAACAUUCCAGAAUGGUAAAGAUAGAAUUCAUAGCACUGGAACCAACUUGGAGAAAUAUGUCAGGAUCAAAAGUGAUUCUCCUUCACUUAUUCCUAAUCCUACUUUCUCAGGAAUAGCACCAAUUGCUUGUGGAGAAUAUGAUCUUGAAAAUGUUUACCCAAAAGAAUUUAGGAAUGAAUUGGACUCUGAAAGCAGUAAAGAGAACCUAAACCAAAAUGAUUCCUCUGAAGAUAGCUUGGCUCCCAUCCUUGCCUCUGGGGAAGAACAAGCAGUGAAUAAACCUCUGAAAUUAGAUGAACCAGGGGCCUGUUUUACAUAUGGUUGUAUAAGAAGGUUCCCUUACUGUGAAGCCAACAUGAAAUCUAGGAAAGGAAAGAUUUGGUGGAACCUAAGGAGAACCUGCUAUCGGACAGUAAAACAUGGGUGCUUUGAGUUUUCCAUAGUUCUCAUCAUCUUGCUCAGCUGUGUUGCUCUGAUCUUUGAAGAUAUAUACAUUGAAAAAAGAAAGACUAUCAAGAUUAUUCUGGAAUAUGGUGACAUGAUCUUCACUUAUAUCUUCAUUUUAGAGAUGCUUCUAAAAUGGAUGGCAUAUGGAUAUAAAACAUAUUUCAGUAAUGUCUGGUGCUGGCUGGAAUUCUUGGUUGUUAAUGUCUCUUUGGUUAGUCUGGUAGCCAAUUAUCUGGGAUACUCAAAACUUGCUGCUCUAAAAUCCCUCCGGAUGCUAAGAAUUUUAUCUGUAUAUGAAGAAGUAAGGGUGGUUUUGCCUAUUUUUUUAAAAGCAGUUCCAUCCAUCCUAAAAGCACUUAUGGUCUGCCUUAUGUGUUGGCUAUUUUUUAGCCUACUGGGAGUAAACUUGUUUGCUGGAAAGUUCUUCAAAUGUGUCAACACUACAAGUGGUGAAAGACUUUCUAGAUCUGUUGUAGCCAAUGCUUCCGAUUGUGAGAUGCUCAUCAACAGUGGGGGAGAUGUGCAAUGGAAAAAUGCAAAAGCAAAUUUUGACAAUGUUGGAAAUGGUUACCUUUCUCUCCUUCAAUUAGCCACCUUUCAAGGAUGGUUGGAUAUCAUGUAUGCAGCUGUUGAUGCAGUUGAUGAAGAAAGUCAGCCUGAGUAUGAGAGCAAUCUCUACAUAUAUCUUUACUUUGUCAACUUUAUUAUCUUCGGGUUAUUCUUCCCCUUGGUCUUUUUCAUUAGUGUUGUUAUUAAUCACUUCAAACAGCAAAUUAAGAUUGGUGGCAUAGGUAUCUUCAUGACAGAGAAUCAGAAGAAAUACUACAAUUCAAUAAAAAAGUCGAGGCAUAGGAAACCCCAAAAGCUAAUACCUCGGCCAGGGAACAAAUUCCAGGGAUAUGUAUUUGACCUAGUCACCACAGAUGCUUUUGAGAUCACCAUUAUGAUACUCAUCUCUCUUAACAUGGUGACCAUGAUGGUGGAAACAGAUACACAGAGUGCCUAUAAAAGAAGCAUUUUGUACCAGAUCAACCUGGUGUUCAUUGGCCUCUUUGAGGGAGAAUGUGUGCUGAAACUCAUCGGCCUCCGCCAGUACUACUUUACCAUAGGCUGGAAUGUCUUUGAUUUUGUGGUGGUCCAUCUCUCCAUUCUGGCUGUAUUACAACCUAAUUUGACAGCUGAAUAUCUCCUGACAUAUGGUCAGGUGCAAGCAAUCCGUCUCAUAAGGUGUGGAGAAAUCCUGAAUUUCAUUAAAAGAACCAAGGAGAAAGAUACACUAAUCUAUGCGAUGAUGAUGUCCCUUCCUACUGUAUUCAAUAUUGUACUUUUGCUCUUCCUACUCAUGUUUAUCUAUGCUAUCCUUGGAAUGUCCCACUUUGCCUAUGUUAAAAAGGAUGCUGGAAUUAAUGAUAUGUUUAACUUCGAAACCUUUAGCAACAGCAUACUUUGCCUCUUCCAAAUUACCACAUUUGCUGGUUGGAAUGGUCUGCUAGAACCAAUUCUUAACACUGGAGCACCAGACUGUGACCCUCAAAAAAUUCACCCAGGAAGUUCUGUGAAAGGAGAUUGUGGAAAUCCCUCUUUGGGGAUUUUAUAUUUUGUGAGUUACAUUAUUAUAUCCUUUCUGGUGCUUGUAAACAUGUUCGUUGUUGUUAUCCUGGAGAUUUGCAGUGUUCUUACUGAAGAAAAUGCUAGGCCUCUGAGUGAGGAAGCUUUUGACAAUUUUUAUGAGGUUUGGAAGCAAUUUGAUCCUAAGGCCACCCAUUUCAUAGACUACAGUCAGCUCUCUGAGUUUGCUGCUUCAUUGGAUCCUCCUCUUCUUAUAGAAAAACCAAAUAAAAUCCAGCUCAUAGCCAUGGAUCUGCCCAUAGUCAGAGGUGAUCGAAUUUUCUGUACCGAUGUCUUAAUUGGUUUUACAAAGUUCGUAAUGGGAGAUAGUGAAGCAUUUGACUGCAUCCAUUUACAAAUGCGUAAGCAGUUUCUGUCAUCGUGCCUUUUCCAAAUUUCCUAUGAACCAGUUACGACCACUAUAAGACGAAAGCAAGAGGAGGUAUCAGCUCUGGUCAUUCAGCGUGCUUUUCGAAAUUUCUGCUUAAAGAAAAAUGUAUUAGGUACAUAUCAUAUCAAAGGUGAAGAUAGGGAGAAGCUGCCUACUAAAGAAGAAACAGUAUUUGAAAAAGUUCGUGAGAACUCAUUUCUAGAGAAAGUAGGUGAUCUGAGCCCUUCUCCCACUUCCAUACCUUUGGAUAGUGGAAUAGAGCAAGGCAGAGAGAAACAUGAAACAGACCAAACAGAAAAGGAAGACAAAGGUAAAAUUGACCUGGAAAAGGAAAAGUAGGAAUUCUAUUUUGUCAGCAACAGGAUACAAUUUAUGAGAAACAUUCUCUGGACAGAACUAUUUUGGUAAAUCUAUGCCAAACUAACUGGUUUUUACCAAAAAAAACCCAAUAAAAAUGAAACAUGAACACAUUGAUGUUUCUAACAAUUUAGUGACUUCACUGACUAUGAUUUAGCAUUAAUGAAACUUUGAUAAGUAUUGUUUGUUUGCACUGCUUCUCUUACAAUAGAGAAAAGAUUUUUUUAAAAAUACUGCUCAGAAUGAUAGGGACCAUGGACUAAUACAAGUAAAAUCUAAAUUUCCUAAAUUUAACCAAAUACAUGAGCAGAAUAUUUGUACUUUUGCCUUUGUCUUCUUGUUAUAACGGCCUUGCCAUUCAUUAUCCACCCACCCACCUGCCACAAUAAUUUCUGUCUGUCUCUCCCUCUCCCUCCAUCCCUCCCUCCCUUCUUCCUUCUUCCUUCUCUCUCCUCUCUCUCUCUCACACACACACAUCAUAUCACAUGACACACACAAAUGUAUACAGUCAGGAACAUAUGCAAUCAUUAAUUUGUUAUUCGUUCUGUUGGUAAAGCAGCAAAUUAAAGUGUUUUAUUGGUUCCCUGAAAUGCAGUGAUCAAAGUACUUACAACUAAGAUUUUAGUUCAUGCUUAAGCAAAUUUGGUAUCAGAAUCUGAGCAUUGUGAAUAAAAAUGGCUUCUCUAGUUUAAAGCACCUACUAUAAUCUAUAAUUUUUAUGCCUUAAAAUCCUAUGGAAUUUUCUUAAUAUGUAGGUGCUGACUUUUAUUCUAUAUAUCAACCAUUUGACCUACACAGUACACAGGUUAUGCCCAAAGGUAUUUUACCCAACAUUCCAUCUUCCUUCUUAUAUUUCCCCUAUAUUCAUAUUUCCCUAUACCUUCAAAAUGAUGUGAAGUCCACUGCCAUCAUAAAACACACAUAUAGUUUUUGAAGCAAGGCAGCAAUCCCUAAGUCUUUUCUUGGUGGUUUUCUAUGUAACCAAAUGCUACAUCUUCCUUCCCUAAAAUACCUCAGAUAUCCCGACUAAAAAUCACUUUAUGACCUGGAUUCUCUUCUCAUCUGUUGAUAUUUCUUAACUAACCUUCAGCUCUCAGCAUGGCUAAGAUUUUAUUCCUCAAUGAAAUCCUUGCUGCUAAUUAACUAGAUAUUUGAUACUAUGGUGUAUGCCUGGGUAAACAGCUAUUACUUGGGCACAGUGUCACAGACAUCAUAUAUAUACUCCCAUAAUGCAGUGCCCUGUACAGCAUAGGUGAUCUAUAAAUAUUUGUCAACAAGGUCCUUCUCAAGCUUUCCCCAGUUAGAAUGAUACAUUCAAAAUCCAUGAAUAUUGGUGAUCUACAGUAUAUAUAUCAAAACUGUAUGUCUUGCCAAACUAUUACUGUAUUUCUCUGCCCAUGGCCCAAAAUUGCAUUAUCAUAACUAUUCUCCUUUUGGGGAGACUCUAUGGAAAUACAACUUUUGAGUUCCUGCCCCCCACUUAAUGUUUCUCUACAGUAAAGUUUCCCACAUGUAUCUGUAUUGUGAAAUUAUGUAACAAUAAAAUGACCAAUAUGGUAAUCAUUAUCUCUUUACCCCUCCUCCCAAAAUAAAACCUUGUGUUUUCUGUUUUAUAUUUACUUAAAUAUGUGCUUGUUUCCCUCAAUAGAAUGUAAGCUUCCUUAAAGUGAGGUCUUUUUCAUAUUGUCUUUCUCUUCCUAAAACAGAGC